AUGUCUAUUAAAUCUGCGUAUAAGAUUAUAAAUAAAAGCCUUCAAGAAUUGCUCAUGCAGAUUCAUUUUAAAUCCGAAAUACGUCAUACGAGAUCCGAAAAUUUCUUGAAGUCAUCUCACUUAAAAAUACCAAUAAAAUCUAUAAACGCAGCUAUAGAUCUGAUUGGAAUGAAAAAACAAAUAUAUCCAGAUUAUAAAAUUAUGCAAAGGACAAUAUUCGCACAAAAAAUACGUCAAAUUACACAUUGUUUCGUUUCAACGAGCGAGGUAUUGAGAAAGGUGAACAGAUCAGAAGAUUUUGUUUUAGUUGUACAGCUCACUAUUUUAAGCUUAGAUUUAGUUCUUACAGUUCAUAAUGCCCUGCACACGUUAUACGAUAAUGACUCUUUUUCCAAAGAUAUCUUAUUAAAAAUACUACAGACUAGUUGGUUUAUCUAUCACAUUACUAAAACAAUAUUAUUCGUGGAGCCAUGUUAUCGGACUGAAAGAGAGGUUUCCAAUACACGCUUUUUGGUGGGUCGCAUUAUGUGCUACGUGACUUCUGAAGUAGACCCCGUGAGAGAUGAAAUAGAUGAUUUUUUCAAACAAUUGCUGCUUAACAAUAUAUCAUAUUCAGCUAUGGGGAUAUGCAACAUGGGAAGACCUCUUAUGUCAACGAUUAUUGGAGGCGUCACAACAAUUAUAGUAUUUCUCUUUCAGUUUUAA